AUGGCUAGCAUCAACGGUGCACCCCAGGUCAAUGGAAUCAAGUCCGCUCCGCGCUUCCAGCUAGCUUCGCGCCUGAAGGAGGGUCGUGCUCUUGCGCAGGAUGUCUGGUCGGUCUUCAAUGCAGCGAAUCUGCCUUCAGAUUGCAUUAAUUUGGGCCAGGGUUAUAUGAACUUCCCACCUCCGCAAUGGGUGAAAGAUGCUGCAGAUGAAGCACUCAACACCACGUCUGCGAAUCAUUACUCGCACCCUAAGGGACGAAUGAGGCUCAGACAGGCUAUUAAGAAGCGUUAUGACAAAAUAUUAGGCAGAGACCUUGAUGUUGAAACCGAGAUACUGGUUACCAGCGGUGCGAACGAGGGCCAAUACUCGGUGUUCACUGCAUUUCUGGACCCUGGAGAUGAAGUGAUCAUGUUUGAGCCAUACUUCGAUCAGUAUCUGCCCUCUGUGGUCUUUAACGGAGGAAAGCCGGUCUAUGUACCUCUUCACCCGCCUCCAGAGGCUAUGGAAAAUACUACAAGUAAUGACUGGACGAUUGAUUUUGACGAGUUGCGGCGAGCUUGCGGGCCAAAGACAAAGAUGAUCAUUAUAAACACGCCGCACAACCCGGUCGGUAAAGUUUUCACAAGAGAGGAACUCGAAAAGAUUGCGGACGUCGCGAAGGAAUUCAACGUCCUCGUGAUGUCCGACGAAGUCUAUGACUGCUUGGUCUUUGACGGCAAAGAACAUGUCCCUAUUGCCACGCUACCUGGAAUGUGGGAUCGUACUGUUUCCGUUUAUUCCGCAGGAAAGGCUUUCGCAGCAACAGGUUGGCGUGUUGGCUAUCUGAUUGGUCCAGAACAUAUUAUCGCCCCGACUCUCGCGGCUAGUACUCGCAUCGUCUUCUGUUCCAAUUCUCCGCUUCAGGAGGCAGCGGCCGCCGGUCUAGAACAGGCUGAUGAACGCAAAUUCUUCGAGAUCCAGAACAAGGAGUACGAGGAGCGUCGCAAUGUUUUAGUCUCCGCAUUUGAUCGCCUUGGACUAAAAUACACUAUGCCUCAGGGCAGCUACUUUGUGCUUCUGGAUAUAUCGACUCUUCAUUGGCCAGAAGAUUUCCCUUUCCCGGAGAGCGUAGAAGGUAGAGGUAGGGAUUUCAAGGCAUGCUGGUUCAUAGCUUUGAAACUUGGAGUAUCUUCCAUUCCUGUUAGCGAGUUUUAUUGCGAAGAGCACACUGGCAUCGGAGAACGUUUCGCGCGCUUUGCAUUCUGUAAAGACAUUGAUACUCUGAAGCAGGCUGGAGAGCGCCUCCAGGGCCUUGCAAAAUAUCUGCGGUAA